GAGUUUAGUAAAAGCACAUUUUUAAUGCAGGGCCUUAUCUGACAAAUGCAUCACUUUUUCCUAAACCAGUUUCGUCUCUGCACUAAACUGAUCCAGAGGUGAUUUCUUUCGAAUGUGUAGUUUUCUCAGAAAAGUGCAACGUUUCACAAUUUAGUUCAUCAGAUUCUUUCAAGGUGACAAAAUGCUUGACUUUGCUCUCCUUGGCGUGUGCCUGGCUAUGCUGGCAUAUUAUUUAUUGGCAAAGGACCAUCAUUCCGAUGGGCCGCCAGGUCCACGGGGUUUGCCAAUUUUUGGAAAUUUAAUCGAUUUAGUGAGAGCAUCGGACAACAUUACGAAAACUUUGGGCGUAUUGGGGGAAAAGUAUGGAGAAAUUUUUUCUGUAAAGAUGGGAUUUAAAAGGACAGUCGUGCUUACUUCAAAAGAAGCGAUGCAAACCGUCCUCACCAAUGAGGCAACGCUCGCACGUGACAACAGUGGAAUGUAUUCUGAUUGGAGUUUCCAUAAAAAUCUUGGAAUUAUAACAUCCCACGGAAGCGUUUGGAGCAAAACUAGAAACUGGACUUUUAAAAUGUUACGUGAAUUCGGAUUCGGGAAAUCUUUAGCUAUGGAAGGAUAUAUCCAGAUCGCAUUGGAUUUAUUGUUUGCCAAAAUUGACGAUAAGCUAGGCACUGAGGUAAAUGUUGACUACUUUUUUCAUCAACCGAUCCUAACCACGAUGUGGCUCAUGAUCGUGGGUCGGAUAUCAGAAGAUGAUAAGGCACACCUUACACUUAUUUCGGAGACGACGGAGCGUUUCAUAAAAAGUAGCGUUUUGGGACCCAGCCUAGUGAAUGCGUUUCCGUUUUUGAGGUUCGUCUUUCCAAAUUGGUUAGGCCACAAGGUACAGAUGGACUUUUUCCGGACGUGUACUUCAAUCGGGAAGAAACUUUUUGACGAGAUGGGGCAAAAAUUAAAGGCGUCACCGCUCACUUCCCAACCUGCCAACUUAUUGGAAGCGUUCGUCCAAAAUUGUGGCAAGGACGAUGAGAUAUUCAAUUGCAAAAAUUUCCAAGUGGUCUUCCAAGACCUUCUAAUGAGCAGCUCGGACUCAUCCAGCUCAUUCCUCGAGUCGGUUGUUCUCUACUUCAUAGCAUUUCCUGACAUACAAGAGAAAAUUUACAAAGAAAUAUUGGAUGUCGCACCGAACGGGAAAGUUAUUAAUUUUGAAGACAGGAAGCGUAUGCCGUACACCCAAGCGUUUAUCCUCGAGACACAUCGAAAUGCCAGAACUGCACAAAAUUUGGGACCGCGGCGAGUCCUGUGGGAUUUUUUGUAUAAGAAUUACAAAAUUAAGAAGGGCACCAUCAUCGUUGCCGAUACCCGCCUGUAUUGUGAAAAUAAGCAAAUUUGGGGUGACCCAGAGGUCUUCCGGCCGGAGCGAUUUAUUGGCGAAAAUGGCGAAAUAGAAAAUGCCUCGAGUGUUAUUUCUUUCUCAUUUGGGAAGAGAAACUGCCCCGGUGAAUUGCACGCCAAUAUUGUCACAUUCUUGAUACUGACCGCAUUGCUGCAACGAUACAAAAUAUCCAAGCCAAUUGGACAACCCACACCGAGAUUGGAUAUGAAGCCAGGCCUCGCCUUGAAGCCACACCCAUUUCAAGUGGUGUUCGAAAAGCGAAAUUCGAAAAUAUAAUUAUUUGUACAUGUUUAUUUGCAAGACAAGUUUUGAUGGAUUUUCGGAAAAAUUUCAAUCAUCUCACCCUGUUUUUUGGCCCAAUGUUAAAAACUUGCUUAAAUAAAGCUAUAUAUAGAUAGAUAGAAAAUCAUGCCCUGCAACCUGUUCAAAACCCAUAUACAUAAGGAUUCUGAUUCAAUAUAGGUACUAAAUAUGUAAACAAUAAUAAGCAUAAAUAUGCGUAGAUAUGCAUAUAUUUACAUAAUAUGUAUAUAUACAUAUUAUGUAUGUAUACAUGUACAUACAUAUGUGUACAUCUCACUUACAUAUGUACUUCUAUAUGUCCGAGUAUGUAUGUACACAGUUUGUACUAUUCGAAGGUGCAUUAGUACCCGAAGUGUCAAGAAAAUCCUGACCUUGUCUAACGAAUUAAUACAUAAACAACUAGAAAUUAAAGAAAACGGGUUCCUCA